AUGGGUAGUUGUUAUUCAGGGUCCCUCACUCACUCACUUGUCUUUAUCUGCUUCUUCUGCAGCUCAGAAGUAGUUGAGAGCGAUUUUGAAAAAAAGAAGUUGAAAAUGGAAUCAUCUUGUGCUGAUCAAAACAGUCUGAAGCUCCAUGCUUCUAUGAGAACCAUGUUCAGGAUCCCUACUAUAGAGGGAAAAAUGCUAGAUUUGCAUCUCCUCUUUGUCCAGGGAACUAGUCGUGGUGGUAUCAAAAAGGUAUAUUCUGACUUUGCAACUCUUGGUUCAUUGGGACCUGAUAAAGAACACCUUAAAAUUCUCAGAUACAAUCUUCAUUUACCAGAAAUAGAAGCCGCCAUGCCCCAACAGCCACAGAGGAUAGUAACAACAUUUCUUGAAGCACCAUCAAUAGUUUUUGGUUUCGUUGAUGGCAAGUUUGAGAGUGAAUAUCUGAUUACAGUGAAGAUUGGAUCUGAGGAUUUUAAAGGUGUUCUCUAUCAUGGUCCAAUGAACUAA